AUGCCGAAGCUAGCCCUCCUGCUUGCGCUGCUUGCAGCGACGGCCAUCUCUUGCGGCCAUGCCGCGGCUUCGGCCGUCAGGAUGCAGCUCAUCCACACUGAUGCCGGCCGCGGCCUGACACCCCAUGAGCUGCUGCAGCGCAUGGCGCUGCGGAGCAGAGCCCGCGCCGCCCGAAUCCUCGCCGAAGCGGCCGGCGCCCAGGUGACCCCAGGGGAGAUCGCCGGCGCCGUCCCCGACACGGAGUACCUGGUGCACUUCUCCAUCGGCACGCCUCCGCAGCCCGUGCAGCUGACGCUCGACACGGGCAGCGACCUCACCUGGACGCAGUGCCGUCCGUGCCCGUCCUGCUUCGACCAGGCCCUGCCCUACUUCGACGCGUCCCUCUCCUCGACAUUCGCCGGCGUGCUCACCUGCAGCUCCUCGCCGUGUCAGGCCCUGCCGCUUACGUCGUGCGGCACCGAUAGCUCGUCAUCGGGCAACGAGACUUGCGGCUACGCCUACUCUUACGGCGACGGCUCGGUGACGGUCGGCCUCCUCGUCGUGGACACGUUCACAUUUGUCGCUGACGCCGCCGCCGCCCUGGCCUUCGGCUGCGGCCUCAACAACACCGGGACCGGCAUCGUCGUGGACAUGUUCAAGUCCAACGAGACCGGCAUCGCCGGCUUCGGCCGCGGCGCCCUCCCCGUCCUGCUCGGCCUGCCGGCGAACCUCUUCAGCAGCGACCCCGGCACCAUCCAGACCAUCACGCUCAUCCAGAACCCUGCCCGUCCAUCCUUCUACUACCUCCCGCUGCAGGGCAUCACCGUCGGGUCGACGAAUCUGCCGAUCCCGGAGUCCACGUUCGCGGUCACCGCGAACGGGACGGGCGGCACCAUCAUCGACUCCGGCACCGGCAUGACGUCGCUGCCCCACGACGUGUACGGGCUCGUGCUCGACGCGUUCGUCGGCCAGGCGAGCCUGCCCGUGCUCAACGCGACGUCGAUGUCGGUGUCGCAGCUCUGCUUCACGGUGCCGACGGCGGGCGCGAGGCCGGACGUGCCGAAGCUGGUGUUGGAGUUUGAGGGCGCGACGCUGGACCUGCCGCGGGAGAACUACAUGUUCGAGAUCGAGGCCGCGGGCGUCAGCGCCACCUGCCUUGCCGUUAACGAUGGGGGCGGUGCCAUGACCAUCAUAGGAAACUAUCAGCAGCAGAGCAUGCACGUCCUCCACGACCUGGCCAAUAACAAGCUAUCCUUCGUCCCUGCUCAGUGCGACCAGGUUUAA